AUGGCGGGCGCGCUCCUCUCCAGAUUCGCUCUGACCACCACUCACACCAUGUACAAGCUCGCAGUUUUCGCCGCCGUGCUGGCCGUGGCCCGCGCUGGCUACCUGGCCGCCCCCGCCGCCGUCUCCUACGCCGCCCCCGCAUACGCCGCCCCAGCCUACGCCGCCUACGGCGCCCACGCCGUUGCCCCCGCGGCCAUCACCUCCCAGCACUCCAACAUCCUGAGGAGCUUCGGCAACCUGGGACAGGUGUCCACCUACUCCAAGACCAUCGACACCCCCUACUCCAGCGUCAGCAAGUCUGACGUGCGCGUCAGCAACGACGCCGUCGCCCACGUGGCCGCUCCCGUGGCCUACGCCGCCCCCGCCGUUGUCAAGGCUGCCGCCCCCGUGGCGUACGCCGCCCCCGCCGCCUACGCCGCCCCCGCCGUCGUCAAGGCCGCCGCCCCCGCCGUCGGUCUGCUGGGAGUCGCCUACUCCGCCGCCCCCGCCGUCGCCCACAUGACCUACAGCAACGGUCUGGGUCUCGCCUACGCCUGGUAAUCUGACCUCACUUCCUGGCAUUCCGAUGUGUCAUGAUGUGAUGAUUCA